AUGAUAAAUUUUCACGCAAAUGUAAAUAAUCUUGAUUCUUUCGCCGAGCAGGAAAACGACGAUGUUUCUGAUGAGAUUAGUAAUAUAAACAACCAUGACACUGACGAAAUUCGAAGUGAAACCGAAAACAUCCUAGUUUUUGGAAACACUUUUUCAUCUAUUACUGAGCCUGGAAUUUCCGACGACGAACUCCAUGAAAAGAUUCGAACAUUAAAUAAAAUACAAAGGCAAAUUUUUGAAGUGGUAAAUGAUUGGGUUAGAACUUACGUAAAAGGUUUAGCAUGUAACGCACACCAUAAAAUUAAGCCAAUUCACAUUUUUCUAACAGGAAGUGCAGGUCGUGGAAAGCCCCUUUUAAUAACAACAAUUUCUGACAUGCUAAAUAAAGCACUUUCCUAUCGUGCAAGAAACUUAGAAAAGGAUAAAUAUCUUAUUUUAGCACCAACCGGUGUUGCUGCCAUUAAUAUAGAGGGAAAUACAAUACAUUCAGCCGUAGGUAUACCAGCGGAUAGAAAUUUCACUAAAAACAUUUCUAAGUUAAGUGAUAAAAAGAAAUGUAUGCUGCGAAACAAGCCUUCAGAACUAAGCGUUAUUGUAAUAGAUGAAAUCUCAAUGGUUUCAAACAAGCUACUUUUACAUAUUCAUCAACGGCUAACCGAAAUAUUUGGAUGCGCAGAUGACAUUCCAUUUGCAGGAAUAUCUGUUAUAGCAUGUGGCGAUUUUUACCAACUUCCACCAAUUCAAGCAAGGCCAGUUUACGCAGAAUACAAAGAUGCAUUGUUAAAUCUUUCACAUUGCUGGAAGCAUUUUAAGAUUGCUGAACUAACGGAAGUUAUGAGACAGCGUGGUGAUCAACAUUUGAUUGAAUUAUUAAACAAUAUCAGAGUGGGAAAAUUAGAAACGCGACACGAAGAUUUACUAAAAUCUAAAUUUAUUUCACCAAAUGACCCACAUUACCCCAAAAAUGCAAUUCAUAUAUUUGCUGAAAAUCAAUCCGCCUCUGAGCAUAACAAAAAAAUGCUUAAUAGCAUAACAUCGGACGAAAUAAAUAUCGAAGCUAUUGACAAAAUUCCAGAAAAUAUACCCGUGCAAUUAGUCCAAAAUUUUAAUUCUCGCACUCAAAUGGAAACAGGUGGACUUGCGCGAAACCUUCUGCUAAAACUUCAUGCAAAAGUCAUGUUGACGUCAAAUAUUGAUGUAUCUGAUAAACUCAUUAACGGACAGAUAGGUACUGUUCAUCGGUUGAAAACCGAUAGCUCAGGAAAUGUAACAAGAAUAUAUUUGAAAAUGGAAGACAUAUAUACUGGACUUAAAGCUAUGAGAACAGAUCCAUAUGCUAUUCAAGAAAAUGUUGUUCCAAUUAAUAGAGUAGAGAAAGAAAUCAAAUUUAACAAACAUAAUCCAUCUUCACCUUCUAUGAAACGGCUGCAAUUCCCAUUAAUGCUGUCAUGGGCCUGUACUGUUCACAAGGUUCAAGGAAAAAAGUUUGAUAAAAUUGUUGUCUGUUUUGAUUUAUUAAAACAACGAGCCUUUCACUCAGGACAAAUAUAUGUUGCAUUAAGUCGAGUCACAAGUUUAGACGGUUUAUACCUAACGGGUACAUUUGCUAAGUCAACCAUUAAGUCAGACACACGAGCAACAGAGCAAUACAAUUACAUGCGAGAACAUUCAAAAUUGACACAAAAAGAAACUGGUGUAAUUAGCGAAAAUUCUAUUAUGGUCACUUUGCUUAAUACAAGAUCCUACAACAAGCAUAAAAACGAUAUUAGGUCCGACCGCGUUCUCAUGGAAAGUGAUUUAUUAUGUCUAACGGAAACUCAGAUACCAUUGAACUCACAUUUCGACUCAAAACUAGAUUACUUUACUUUAAUUCCAAACAACAAUGUGGACAAAUUUUCUAGACUUUUAGUUGGUCAUAAUGAAACUAUAGAAUUGUUUGAUAUUGUAAAAAUUCCUGGUGCAAUAUUUUUUAGAAUGACAAAAAGAACGUUUCACGAAAACGCUAUUAAUGUUUUGCUUCUAUAUCGCGGAAAUCUUAAGCCGCAGGGCUUCUUGUUUGACUUUACAAUCACAAUAUAUUGUCCAUCGUGA